AAAAUACGUAAAUAUUCACACAUGAAGCGGAAAAUAUUCACACAAAAUUAACUAGAACACCAAGCUGAUCCCAUCAGAGAUGUAGCUUCUUUACCUUUAUGUGUUAAAAACAACACAAUUACUAUAUGCGUUGUCCCUGUGUUACUUUUAUCACAACUUGUGUUUUAGUUUAAUACAAAAUUACACAAAAUGUGUUAAAAUGACGUGUAAAAAAUUAACACAUCCUUUCUUAGAGUAACAAUUGUACAUUUAUUACCAAAAUUACACGGGGAAUAUCAAGUUAAUUUGUAACUUGUUCAGGCUAUAUGUCACAUUUAAAACAUAAUUUUUGUAUAAUUAAACCACAACGAAUGCGUUCAGUUGAACAUGCACGGUUUUUAUGUCCACCAAGAAACUAUUAGACUUGUCAAGAAAACUAUCUUGAGUUGUGUUUUUCCUUCUCUUUUUUCAAACUUCUCCCCUACCCUCCCUCUCGCGUCUUGAACUUUCUUGGCCAAUCAUCUCUCUUCCUACAAACACUUUAGCAGACUAUAAGAGCUCCCCAACUUUUUCCUUUCAAUCGAACUCAAAGUUUGCUCGGGGAUAUCCUGGAUACACAGACACACUUUCGUUGGGAAUUGUAGCUAUUUCACCCUCAUGAGGAAAUAACGCGUAUAUUCGCACGCGCUUGCAGACUUGAGCGAGAUGCCCGAAGAACCCGCGCGCGACUCCUCCAGUUCCCCGGUGUCUCCAGCGGACAGUCUCAGCAACAGCGACGUAGAGCCCGACAGACCGCCGAAGAGGUGCGCGAGGAAAAGGCGCUCCAGCAGAAAAAACGGGGAGGACUCCGACAGCUCGACCCUUGGGAAAAGAGGGAAGAAGUCCAGCAACAGCAGCAGCAGUCCACAGUCGUUUGAAGACCUACAGACUCAGCGCGUGAUGGCGAACGUGCGCGAGCGCCAGAGGACGCAGUCGCUCAACGAAGCGUUCGCGGCUUUGCGCAAAAUCAUCCCCACAUUACCCUCCGACAAACUGAGCAAAAUACAGACGCUUAAACUCGCUUCCAGGUACAUCGAUUUCCUCUAUCAGGUACUACAGAGUGAUGAGCUGGACUCCAAGAUGGCAAGCUGUAGUUAUGUUGCUCACGAGCGCUUGAGCUACGCGUUUUCGGUGUGGAGGAUGGAGGGCGCCUGGUCCAUGUCUGCAUCUCACUAGUGUGCGGGGAAACUUUGGAAGUGCAAAUGGUGAAGGCCACGCGCUGGCUGGUAAACACUCGUGGACCAACACAGUUAUGGAUAUCUGCAUUUCUUUAGCAUCUGGCAAAUGUUGCAACAGAGGUCAUGGCUUUCAUAUUGAGAGGGCCACGGACACUGGACUGUUGCGCGUGCGCUGCAUAUGGACUUCUGCGCAAGUGUUAUUAUUGACGACGAAUGUUGUUAAGGUGUGCCUAUGCAUGAUUUUUAUAUUCUAUUUUAUAAGGACUCAGUUGUGCAUAGCUUUCUUGGAGAAAGUAAAAUUGCAUUACAAGGACUGUCGAUGAGAAAAUGGGAAUAUUAAGCCUCUAGUUCGAAUCCUGUGUAAAAUAAAAAGUUUUAGUACAUUUCUAUUUAUUUAUUGAUGACACGAUUAUUGAAAUGAAGGCAAAUGUAUUCUGUGUCGAAAUGCAUUCUUAUUUUUUGUUACUUUUGUAAAUAAAUAUGUUUUUUGUUUAAUAAAGGUCAAUAAGUUUUAAGAAAUA